UCGUUGUCGUCUGUCAACGGUCCCUACUCCCCCCGGGCAACUCCGUCGUGCGAAUACUGUACAGAGCCCACAUUAUCGGCAGACUUUGAAAAAAAACAAGACGUCAAGAGGAUGUGAGGUUAAUGGACCCGAUGGAGGAAAAACCAGAAUGACAACUUCUUUCAAGGGAAACAACACUGUCAAGAUGAUGGCGAUUUUGGCAACAUUUCUUUGCAUCGCUUCCCUUGUCUGUGUGGGUCAUGGAGAGGUAUCGCCACCACACUUUCUAAACAAUUUUCUGGAUCGUCUGAGCAACUGUUCAAGUGUAGCAUUGCCAAAAAAAGAGCAAUGCCUCACCUCAGAAGAAUUGUUCAAAGGUAUAAAUGUGAUGGGAGCAGCACCUUUAUCGCAACAAGAUAGCUUUCUUGUGUUGGAAAGAUUAGCGACCGCUUCUUGUUACGAUGGUAAAUCUCAUGCUGUUGAAUCUCUUCCGGACCAAAAGACUAGACCAGCCCCUGGACAAGUGUGGGGCAUGGGCUUCCUCUUUGUGACAAUCAUAUCCCUGUGCUCCCUGCUUGGAGUGAGUGUGAUGCCCUUAAUGGACAAGGCAUUUUACAAACAACUCUUGACUAUGCUUAUUGGACUAGCCGUUGGAUCUCUGUCUGCGAGCUCCCUUUUCCACUUAAUACCUCAAGCUUUUAGUUUAAUGGACAAUGACACACAUCAUGAGUACCUGUCGAUUUGCCUUUAUGUGUGGGGUGGAAUCUGGGUCUUCUUCAUGGUGGAGAGGAUCCUCAAAAUAAUUCAUGACAGCCGUGAGGCAAAACACAAGAAGGAAAAGGUGCUCUCAGCUGUCUCUUCAAUUUCAAGUCCUAGUCAACCGAGUGUGUGCUUACUUCCAUCACGCCGACAGGAUGAAGUAAAUGACAGCUGUAUGCAUGAUCCGAGUACCAUCUAUGAUUGUCAAGAGCAAGUUAUCAAGGCUUCUUUUGGGCAUACUGAGAGGCCGCAUCCAAGUAACAAUCAUAGCCACACUAUCACUUUCGAUCGCAACAAGGACAGUGCCAUUGCUACAGUUGCAUGGAUGGUGAUUUUUGGCGAUGGGCUUCACAACUUUAUUGAUGGCUUAUCUAUUGGAGCUGCAUUCAAUGAGAGUAUUUUGACUGGUGUGAGCAUCAGUGUCGCUGUUGUGUGUGAAGAAUUUCCUCACGAGCUGGGUGAUUUUGCUGUAUUGCUGAAUGCUGGAAUGUCAAUUCGACAAGCACUCCUGUACAAUUUUUUGUCAGCCUGCACUUGUUACCUUGGUCUUGUUGUUGGUAUUGUCCUUGGUGAAUUUGAAGCCAGUACCUACAUAUUUGGAUUUGCCGCAGGAAUGUUUUUGUACAUAUCUCUUGUUGACAUGGUCCCAGAAAUGAAUGAAGUUGCAGAGGAAGCGAGCAAAGUGAGUUGGCAGAAAGCAGUUCAGACAUUAUUGCUACAGAAUGUUGGUAUGUUGUCUGGCGUUACAGUUUUGUACAUGUUGGCACGGUACCAGGAUCAUAUUACUUUUUCAUGAGCUCUCCAGCCUUUGGUUCCCAUAAAUACUGAAAGAGGCGUUAUGUUUUAACCCUAGCACAAUCAUUUUUGAAGGAACAAUUAAUGUGGCAUAAGAUUUUUAUCUUUGGAACUUGUUUACUGUUUUUUGCUUUCUUCUUCAUUUCAAUACAAAAAGAAAGCUGUUUUAUGGUGUUAAUUUGGUUUAGCAUGAUAUUCACCAAUUACAAUGGCUGCUGAUAAGUGUGUCCCUUUUAGUAUUAUAUCUCAUAGAUACUUACUAAGCUUUGAGUUUUGGGAACUUUGUGCAUGAAUUGGCUCUUCUUUGUAAGCAAAGGGUUUGAUAACAAAGGGAAAUUCAAUAUUUUGGAAGGUAUUUAAUUAUCUGUUGGGGUUCCUCUUUGAAAGAAUGCUGCAUAGUGUCUACUAUAUUUUUGUUUCACCAAAAAUAAAUUUAAAUUUAACAAUUGUAGUUACCAAACAAACACUACACAAGGAUGUGUUCAGUGACAAGCCUGGUGGGGUAUACUUUUGUAUUGAGACUGUAUUAACAUAGAGUUCUUAGUAUCCAAGGGCUCUAUAUAAAGUGGUCUGCUGUGGAAUGAUAUUAUUUUAUUAAAUUAUAAUGUGUUAGUGUUUUGUCCAUGACCCAUAAUUUGUGUUUGACCAUGACAAAUCAUUUCUUAGCAAUGUUUUUGUUUAUAGAUGUACCUUUUAUACCACAGUUUUAAUGUUGAUUUACAUGUAAGUAACUUAAUGAAUGACUUUUUAUUAAUGUAUAAUUUAUAUACAGUUUUUCUAAUUUUACCUUGUUGUGAACUGUUGUGUGGGUUCUUUAUGUUUUUUUUCUCCAUUAUGUGCUCUUCCGAAUUAUGUUAAAGUGGGAAUGGUAAGAUCGAAAUGAAUAUGAAACUUUUUUUUUUUUUUGGGGGGGGGGCGGGGCGGGGCGGGGAAAAGGAUGGGGUAUGUCACUAAUAUACUCGAUCCUCAAGUAAAAUUUGGUUAAAUUAGUGACUAAAAGUGAGAUGAAAAUCAAUGCAGUUGUCAGGUGGGACUUGAUGUUUAUUAUAUUAUUAGAUCACACAGCUUUGUGUUUUACUCUGUGAUGAGUACUUUCGUCUAGUUAAUUAAAAGACAUUUUAAAAGACAGAGCAACGACUACUGCCUGCCAUUUCCAACAUUGUUACAUAAUCAUUUGGAAGUCUUAGAUAGAUACCUUUUGUAAUAUUCUUUUUGAGUUGUGCCAUAGGUCCUUAGAGGGUAAAGUUAGAUUUAUGCUUCUAACUUUUCGCACUUGUGAAUCUCCCUGUAUCAGUCGAAAAGAAGAGGGUAUUGUGUGGUUUUUCUCCUUCUUAAAACUCUAUUGCUUUAUUAAAACAUAAAAGAACUGUGUUAUUUGUAACUUAAAAGGACUGCAUACUUAACAAUAAGGCAUGUUUUAUUGUCAUAUGGUCAAUAUUGCUGAUUAGGACAGGCAUUCUAUGAAUGAAAUUGUGUGAGAUUGUGCAGAUCUUAGUUGCACCUUGCUAUUUAUCUUGUUUUAUGAAUACAGCACUUGUCUUUCCAAAAUGUGUUAUAGGAAAUAAUUCUAUUAUGAAUAUUUUUGAAGUUUUCUCAGAAUAUAUUUGCAAAUUUACUUCUUAAGUGUUUCAGUUUACUUGACAUAUCAUGUUAUGUAAUGUCCGGUCUGACUGUGGCGAUCUCAAUCAAUGCAAGUCUGCGUAUCAAGAGAAGAAUAUGAUAAUAUUUAGGUCUGCACAUUAAAUUUAGGUGUGUCCAUUUCAAACAGUAGUCUCAGCAGACACCUCUCACAAAUUUAGUUUAUUUUUUAUCCCAGCUUCUCAUUUAAAGGCAAUUUUAGUCAGCACUAUGAUACAUUCAAAACUGUUCUUGGAUACUCAAGAAGUAAAAUGGGAUGUUUAUCUCACUCUCGCUUUGUUGAUAUGCAGAACCAAUCUUCUCAUAAGGCUGAUUAGGAGUGUACUAAACUGGCAGUGGAGACACACUAAAUGAUGAGGUGUUUCAAUAGCAAUGUGUUAAUGGUCAGAGUUUGCAACAUUUCAAGUUUCUUGAGCUAUAUUGGCAGAGGCAACCCGAUUAUGACAUGAUGACCUUUCUAGUCAAUUUGAUCAGGCUUUAAAAAUAUUUCCUAAAAGACAAAAUUCAAAUUCAGCGUGUCUGCAAAUUUUGUAGUGUAGUCUUUGAUUUUUCUCCCUUUGUUAUUGGCUCCCUGCGAUAGAAAUUCACCUGACCUUUUAAGAACUUUAAUGUAUAUUUCUCAAUACCUUCAGCAAUACCUGUUUACUUAAGAUCUGUUCGGUUUUAGCAGAUGUAUUUUGGAAUUGAGGCGGGCUCAUGUCGAGAUGGGUAGAUCUGAAUAUAUUUCAAUAAAAUUUCUAUGUUAA